AUGUCGAAAAUUUUCGAUAAUUUAUUAUCAACUAAAUCUUUACAUUCAAAAGAUCCUAUUGAUCAAUAUAUUUUCAAUCAUUCACUUCGUUAUACAUCUGAACAACUUGAACUUUUAGAAGAUAUUAAAAAUUUACCAGAAAAAAUUCAACCAUGGUUAGGAUCAACAGAUGAAGCACAAUUUUUUCAAAUACUUAUUCGACUUAUGAAUGGCAAACGAGCAAUCGAAAUUGGUACAUUUACUGGUUAUACAUCAUUAACUAUUGCUUUAGCACUUCCAUCUGAUGGUGAAUUAAUAACAUGUGAUAUAACAGAUGAAUAUGUUCGUCAAGAUAUAUGGAUAAAAGCUGGUGUACGAAAUAAAAUUAAUUUACAAAUUCGUCCAGCAUUAGAAACUUUACAUAAUUUACUUGAAAAAUAUGGUGAAAAUUCAUUUGAUUUUAUAUUUAUUGAUGGUGAUAAAAAAAAUUAUCUUCAAUAUUAUGAAUUAUCACUUCAAUUAAUACAUUCAAAUGGUUUAAUUGCAAUUGAUAAUACUUUAUGGAAUGGACGUGUAUUAAAUAAAAAUGAUACAUCAAUUGAAACUAUAACAAUACGUCAAAUAAAUGAACUGAUUAAAAAUGAUAAUCGUGUUGAUAUAAGUUUUUUAAGAUUAGGUGACGGAACAACAUUUUGUCGAAAAAAAUAA